AUUGAUUUUCCUUCUCUUAAGGAUCCCUUUUCUACAAAAGGAUAUGAACAUUUUUAUGAUACAGAGAGUGGGUACUGGUUACCUUGCUUGGCGCCUAAAAACAGUGCAGCGCAAGACUUUGUUUCAAAGCAAGGAAGUAAAACAAAAUAAAAAUGGAGGUUCAAGUUCAGUGCGACAAAUUCUUCAUCCAGAAGAACAGCUAACUGGAGACAGUUGCAGAGAAGCAGUAUCUUCCUGACUCAUUGUUCAGAUAAAGUACUCAUUUAUGAAGAAAAUGAGAAAAACAUUUCAAUACCGCCAGCAACUGGUGCAUAACCCAGAGAAAAUGACAUCUGUACUUUCCAUCUUUCUGAGAUUUUUGGAUACAAAAGGCUUGGUAAAGCAAGAUUUCAGUCUUUUAUUUGUCUCUGACACAUCUUCCAAAUUGCUUGAGAAGUGGGAUACCUGCUUUAAGUUUAAGAUUAUUAAAGAAGCAAGAUCUCUGACAGGUCAGAUGGCUGAUUUGAAUAUUCUGCUGAAGUGUGCAGAAUCUACCUUUGAUUUUGAAGAUCACGAAUCAUCAGGGUUUAUUGGUUGGGAUGCAGAAAUGGCCUCAAUUUUAUUAUUAGUCUAUCUUUUGCCACCACCGGCUGGAGGAAAAAAAGUGCCAAAAAUCACUUUUAUUGGGGCAGUUGACCAUAUGGUACAGUUUCAUAAGUCAUGCUGCAGUAUUGAUGAACACCUCAGCCAAAAUGAAGGUCGCCAGCCUUACCUUCUGGCCGUAGGAACAACGAAGGCCAAGAUCCAUGACUUUUAUAUUGUCCUGGACAAACAGCUUAUACCAUGUCAGGCAAGAAGUUCUUUGGGAGCAUUCGAUGAGCUUUUUGAGGCUCAUUUUGUAUUUAGUAUUUCCUAUAAUAAGGCCUUAAUCAAUGUAUAUACAUUCUUGCAAACAACUGUUUACAACAUUGAUAUUGGACAUGUGAGGGAAUCACCAAGGGUUACAGAAUUAAGAGCAAAAAUAUUCAAUAAUUAAACUUAUUGAUUGCUGUUCAGUCAUCAUAAUGACAAAUAUGUUAAGUGUUUUUCAUGCUUGUUGUCAUAUUCAGAUAACAAUGCAUUAAUUAGGCAUUUGAAAAUAGCACAUGGAUAUUACCCUGGUAAAAAGUUAAGGCUUGCUUGUGCUCAAGAAGGAUGCUCUCGGAUAUUUGACUCAUAUGCAGGAUUUAUAAAACAUCUCAAUGUCGCCCAUGUAAAUGAUACAAGACAAUAUGUUUACCCUGAAAUUACACACACAUUGAAUUCUUCUGAUGAAAACCAAUGUGUUUGCCCAGAAAUUACAAAUGUAUUUAAUUCUCCCGACAAGCAUGAUGCAAGCAUAAACACUGAUAUUUGUGUAACUGAGAUUCCCCCAACUUGUCGCAUUACAAAUGACCACCUUAAAGAAAUGUAUGCAUCCCUAAUAGCAAAGCUGCAAGCAAGUGGUACCGCAAAUAGUAUUAUAUCAUCAGUAGUGAGGAUAUGGAAGAAUUUGUUAAUGAAAUGCAAUUUAAAAUUAAGGAGGACAUUUUGGCUUCACUUACAUCACAUAAUAUAAAUGUAUCAGAUAUAGAAUCAUCCAUUGGAAGUUUUGAUAACCCCUUCAGUAGUUUAAAUUCAGAAAGGAAACGAACAAGGUAUUUUACUAAAAUGUGGGGAGUAAUUGAACCCAUUGAAAUCUCUCUUGGAGUUAGGUAUGA